AUGGACGAACAUGCAGUCUUUGUGGGCACAUUCACUGGCUGCAAGCAAAGGGAGCUUUUCUUGGCAGAAACAGUUGUGUUCCUUGCUUUGAUGCUCAGAAAUGUUUCACUACCAUGGGUUUUUCUUGGUCGCAAAUUUAACACUAGCACUCUCAAAUAUUGGUUCAAAUUUCUGCUGGAUUACUUGUUUCUUGUAGUACCAGGACUUCUAGUUAUGACAGUAUUCUCACAAUCUCUAUUAUUGCUGACAUGUGUGCUGACCACAUGUUUGGGCACUCUUCUAGUUUUCAUCAUUUGCGAAUAUUACAUAACACCGGAUCGACCUGCUGCCAAGAUGGUUCUUAACAGAAUCAUUGAUGAUAGCCAUUAUCCAACUACAUUUGUAACAUAUUUUAGGGCUUCUAUGUUGUUGUCUGUAGCCAUCGCAAUUUUAGGAGUCGAUUUUCCUGUCUUUCCUCGUCGAUUCGCCAAAACAGAAAAGUAUGGCCACAGUUUGAUGGACGCUGGCGUUGCCGCUUUCAUAUUCGCCUUAGCUGUCGCUAGCCGACUUAAAUCUUUUAACACUUGGCACGGAAGAGUUCAUCGCAAAAGAGGUUAUUCGUGGAUUCGAUCUUCAUUCGUCAUACUGCCAAUAAUAGGAGUUGCACGCACGGUUCUGCUGACAGCAUUGAACUAUCCACAGCAUGUAACAGAAUACGGAGUACAUUGGAAUUUUUUCUACACCCUAGCAGUAGUAAAGUAUACGUGUAAAGUCGUGGAUAGAAUGCUGUUGGCGGCUUUACGUAUUUUCUGUAAUGUUCUAUGGAAUGCAAGUAGUAGCUGAGUGGAGUCUUGGACAGCCGUCGCGGCGGGUUGUCAACAUCACUUACAUUUUUUCUAUGAUGUCGUUUCUUUCGUUCACACUUGCUUGCUUCCUAUGCGUACAAUUGUUUUCCCUUGUUGCAUGGGCUGCAAACGCCCCGCAUUUUUCUCUCGGUGA